AUGAUGCCCCAGAAGAAGAAGAAGCGGAGGAAGAAAGACAUCGACUUCCUGGGCCUGUACGAGGAGGAGCUGCUCAACUACAACUCCGAGGACAACGAGGAUGAGCUAGAGCAUGAGUACUACAAGGCCAAGGUGUAUGAGGUGGUCACAGCCACAGGGGAUGUUCGUGGUGCAGGGACAGACGCCAAUGUGUUCAUCACACUUUUUGGAGAGAAUGGGCUUUCUCCCAAGCUCCAUCUCACUAGCAAGAGCGAGUCCGCUUUCGAGAAAGCCAAUGUUGAUGUAUUCCGGGUGCGAACCAAUAAUGUGGGCCUUAUCUACAAAAUCAGGAUCGAGCACGACAACACAGGCUUGAAUGCCAGCUGGUACCUGGACCGAGUGAUAGUGACUGACAUGAAGAGGCCCCAUCUCCGAUACUACUUCAACUGCAACAACUGGCUGAGCAAGGUGGAAGGUGACCGCCAGUGGUGCCGUGACCUCUUGGCCAGCUUUGACCCCAUGGACAUGCCCAGAGGAAACAAGUAUGAAAUCAAGGUGUACACUGGUGACGUGCUGGGAGCAGGGACAGAUGCUGAUGUCUUCAUCAAUAUCUUUGGAGAGUAUGGAGACACAGGAGAGCGUAGGCUGGAAAAUGAAAAGGACAACUUUGAAAAGGGAGCCGAAGACAAGUUCAUGCUGGAUGCUCCGGAUUUGGGGCAGCUGAUGAAGAUCAAUGUGGGCCACAACAACAAGGGGAGCUCUGCAGGUUGGUUCCUGUCCAAGAUUAUCAUUGAAGAUAUUGGGAACAAAAGGAAGUAUGAUUUCCCCCUUAACCGCUGGCUGGCACUGGAUGAAGAUGACGGAAAAAUCCAAAGAGACAUCUUAGUGGGUGGAGCUGAGACCACAGCCAUAAGCUAUAUUGUCACUGUCUUCACUGGAGAUAUCCGUGGAGCUGGAACCAAGUCUAAAAUCUACCUGGUCAUGUAUGGAGCCAGAGGGAGUAAGAACAGCGGGAAGAUCUUCCUAGAGGGUGGCGUGUUUGACAGGGGCCGCACAGACAUCUUCCACAUCGAUCUGGCUGUCCUCCUCAGCCCCCUGAGCCGGGUAUCCAUCGGGCACGGCAAUGUGGGCGUCAACCGAGGCUGGUACUGUGAGAAGGUAGUGGUCCUGUGCCCCUUCACCGGCAUCCAGCAGACUUUCCCCUGCAGCAACUGGCUGGAUGAGAAGAGAGCAGAUGGACUGAUCGAGCGCCAGCUCUAUGAGAUGGUAUCUCUGAGGAAGAAGAGGCUGAAAAAGUUUCCUUGGUCCCUUUGGGUCUGGACGACUGAUCUGAAGAAAGCUGGCACCAACUCACCUAUCUUCAUCCAGAUCUAUGGGCAGAAGGGGAGGACAGAUGAGAUUCUUCUGAACCCCAACAACAAAUGGUUCAAACCAGGCGUCAUUGAGAAGUUCAGGAUGGAGCUUCCAGAUCUUGGCAGGUUUUAUAAGAUUCGGGCAUGGCAUGAUAGGCAGAACCCUGGCUCUGGAUGGCAUUUAGAAAAGAUGACCCUGAUGAAUACUCUGAAUAAGGAUAAGUAUAAUUUCAACUGCAAUCGCUGGCUGGAUGCCAACGAGGACGACAAUGAAAUUGUGAGGGAAAUGACUGCGGAGGGCCCAACUGUGCGCAGGAUAAUGGGAAUGGCCCGGUACCGUGUGACUGUAUGCACAGGGGAGCUUGAAGGUGCAGGGACUGACGCCAACGUCUACCUCUGCCUUUUUGGUGAUGUGGGGGACACAGGGGAGCGACUGCUUUACAACUGCAGGAACAACACCGACCUGUUUGAGAAAGGCAAUGCCGACGAGUUUACCAUUGAGUCUGUCACCCUGAGGAAGGUGAGGCGGGUGAGGGUCAGACAUGAUGGCAAAGGCUCAAGCAGUGGCUGGUACCUGGCCAGGGUGCUGGUGAGAGAGGAAGGGCAGCCGGAGAGCGACAACGUGGAGUUUCCAUGCCUCAGGUGGCUGGACAAAGAGAAGGAUGAUGGACAACUGGUUCGAGAGUUGCUGCCUAGCGACAGCAAUGCCACGCUCAAAAACUUCCGCUAUCACAUCAGUGUGAAGACUGGGGAUGUCUCUGGGGCCAGCACAGAUUCUAAGGUGUACAUCAAGCUCUAUGGAGAGAAAUCUGACACCAUCAAGCAAGUCCUUCUUGUCUCUGACAACAACCUCAAAGACUACUUUGAACGCCGCCGAGUAGAUGAGUUUACCCUGGAGACCCUGAACAUUGGAACUAUCAACAGGCUGGUGAUCGGGCAUGACAGCACAGGCAUGCAUGCAGGCUGGUUCCUGGGUAGCGUCCAGAUCCGUGUGCCUCGCCAAGGCAAGCAGUACACCUUCCCUGCCAACCGCUGGCUGGAUAAGAACCAGGCCGAUGGGCGUCUGGAGGUGGAGCUCUACCCCAGCGAGGUGGUGGAGAUCCAGAAAUUGGUCCACUACGAGAUUGAGGUUUGGACAGGGGACGUGGGUGGCGCAGGUACCACGUCUCGGGUCUACGUGCAGAUUUAUGGGGAAGAAGGCAAGACCGAAGUGCUCUUCCUCUCCAGCCGCUCCAAAGUGUUUGAUCGGGCAUCCAAGGACAUAUUCCAGCUGGAAGCGGCGGACGUGGGUGAGAUCUACAAGAUCCGACUGGGACACACAGGCGAGGGCUUUGGGCCCAGCUGGUUUGUGGACAUGGUGUGGCUGCGGCACCUGGUGGUGCAGGAGGCGAACCUGACACCGGAGGAGGAGGCCCGGAAGAAGAAGGAGAAGGACAAGCUGAGGCAGCUGCUGAGGAAGGAGAGGCUGAAGGCCAAGCUGCAGAGGAAGAAGAAGAAAAAGAAGAAAGGCAGCGACGAGGAGGAUGAGGGUGAGGAGGAAGAAGAAUCCUCUUCGGAAGAGUCCUCAUCUGAGGAGGAAGAAGAGGAGGAGACAGAGGAGGAGGAGGAAGAAGAGGAGGAGUACGGGCCAGGGAUGCAGGAGGUGAUUGAGCAGUACAAGUUCGAAGUCAACCGCUGGCUGGCGCGGGGCAAGGAGGACAAUGAACUUGUCGUGGAAUUGGUCCCAGCUGGUCGGCCUGGUCCUGAGCCCAAUACGUACGAGGUCCAGGUGAUCACAGGGAACGUGCCCAAGGCUGGCACUGAUGCCAACGUCUACCUGACCAUCUACGGUGAGGAAUACGGGGACACAGGGGAGCGGCCCCUGAAGAAAUCAGACAAGUCCAACAAGUUUGAGCAGGGCCAGACAGACACCUUUACCAUCUAUGCCAUUGACCUGGGGGCUCUGACCAAGAUUCGGAUUCGCCAUGAUAACACAGGGAGCAGACCAGGCUGGUUCCUGGACAGGGUAGACAUCACCGACAUGAAUAAUGAGAUCACGUACUACUUCCCAUGCCAGCGCUGGCUAGCAGUUGAGGAGGAUGACGGCCAGCUGUCCAGGGAGCUGUUGCCAGUGGAUGAGUCUUACGUGCUACCCAGCGAAGAUGAGGAGGGUGGGGGACGUGGUGACAGUAACCCCCUUGACAACCUGGCUCUGGAACAAAAAGAUAAGGCAACCACAUUUUCAGUAACCGUAAAGACCGGGGACAAGAAGAACGCGGGCACAGAUGCCAACGUCUUCAUCACACUGUUUGGCACACAAGAUGACAAUGGAAUGACCCUCCUGAAGUCCUCCAAGACCAACAGUGACAAAUUUGAGAGGGACAGCAUUGAAAUCUUCACUGUGGAGACGCUGGAGCUGGGAGAGCUGUGGAAAGUUAGGAUCGGCCAUGACAACACAGGCAAGGCCCCAGGCUGGUUUGUAGACUGGGUGGAGGUGGAUGCCCCAUCUCUUGGAAAGUGCAUGACUUUUCCCUGUGGCCGUUGGCUGGCAAAGAAUGAGGAUGACGGAGCCAUCGUCCGGGACCUCUUCCAUGCAGAACUUCAGACAAGGCUUUACACGCCAUUUGUCCCUUAUGAGAUCACCCUCUACACUAGUGAUGUCUUUGCUGCUGGGACCGAUGCCAACAUCUUUGUAGUCAUCUAUGGCUGUGAUGCUGUGUGCACCCGGCAGAAGUUCCUGUGCACCAACAAGAGGGAGCAGAAGCUGUUCUUCGAGAGGAAGUCCGCCUCUCGCUUCAUUGUGGAGUUAGAAGACGUGGGCGAAAUCAUUGAAAAAAUUCGGAUUGGUCAUGAUAACACAGGCGUAAACCCCGGGUGGCACUGCUCCCACGUGGACAUCCGCAGGCUCCUCCCCGAUAAAGACGGUACAGAGACCCUGACUUUCCCGUGUGAUCGAUGGCUGGCCACCUCUGAGGAUGACAAGAAGACCAUCCGAGAACUGGUGCCUUAUGACAUCUUCACUGAGAAGUACAUGAAAGACGGGUCCUUAAGACAAGUCUACAAGGAAGUGGAGGAGCCUCUGGACAUUGUGCUGUACUCGGUGCAGAUCUUCACUGGGAACGUUCCUGGGGCAGGGACAGAUGCCAAGGUCUACAUUACCAUCUACGGAGACCUCGGGGACACGGGGGAGAGGUACCUCGGCAAGUCAGAGAACCGCACCAACAAGUUUGAGAGAGGAACGGCUGACACCUUCAUCAUCGAGGCCGCUGACCUGGGUGUCAUCUACAAGAUCAAACUCCGCCAUGACAACACCAAAUGGUGUGCAGACUGGUAUGUAGAGAAGGUGGAGAUCUGGAAUGACACCAACGAGGAUGAGUUUCUAUUCUUGUGUGGACGCUGGCUGUCCCUGAAGAAGGAGGAUGGGCGGCUGGAGAGGCUCUUUUAUGAGAAGGAGUACACUGGAGAUCGUAGUAGCAACUGCAGCAGCCCUGCUGACUUCUGGGAGAUCGCCCUGAGUUCCAAGAUGGCAGACGUGGACAUCGCCACAGUAACAGGACCCAUGGUUGACUAUGUUCAGGAUGGCCCGGUGAUCCCCUACUACGUGUCUGUGACCACGGGGAAGCACAAGGAUGCGGCCACGGACAGCCGGGCCUUUGUCGUGCUCAUUGGGGAGGACGAUGAACGCACCAACCGCAUCUGGCUGGACUACCCCCAGGGGAAGCGAGGCUUCAGCUGCGGCUCUGUGGAGGAGUUCUACGUCGGCGGCUUGGAUGUGGGCAUCAUCAAGAAAGUAGAGCUGGGCCACGAUGGAGCCUCCCCUGAGAGCUGCUGGCUGGUAGAGGAGCUGUGCUUGGCAGUGCCCACCCAGGGUACCAAGUACACAUUACGCUGCAACUGUUGGCUUGCCAAGGACCGAGGCGAUGGUGUCACCUCCCGUGUCUUUGACCUCCUGGAUGCCAUGGUUGUGAACAUCGGGGUGAAGGUGCUCUAUGAAAUGACAGUGUGGACUGGUGACGUGGUCGGUGGAGGCACAGACUCCAACAUCUUCAUGACCCUCUAUGGCAUCAACGGGAGCACGGAAGAGGUGCAGCUGGACAAAAAGAAGGCCAGGUUUGAGAGGGAACAAAAUGACACCUUCAUCAUGGAGAUCCUGGACAUUGCUCCCUUCACCAAGAUGCGCAUCCGCAUUGAUGGAAUGGGUAGCCGGCCAGAGUGGUUCCUGGAGAGGAUCCUGCUGAAGAACAUGAACACAGAAGAUCUGACAAUGUUCUACUACGGAGACUGGCUGUCCCAAAGGAAGGGCAAGAAGACAUUGGUGUGUGAGAUGUGUGCAGUCAUUGAUGGAGAGGAGAUGAUGGAGUGGACAUCCUACACAGUCUCAGUGAAGACCAGUGACAUCUUGGGGGCAGGCACAGAUGCCAAUGUGUUCAUCAUCAUCUUUGGGGAAAAUGGGGACAGCGGGACCCUGGCCCUGAAGCAGUCAGCCAACUGGAACAAGUUUGAGCGGAACAACACGGACACCUUCAGCUUCUCCGACAUGCUGAGCCUGGGCCACCUCUGCAAACUGAGGGUCUGGCACGACAACAAAGGGCUAUUUCCUGGCUGGCAUCUGAGCUAUGUUGAUGUGAAGGACAACUCCCGUGAUGAGACCUUCCGCUUCCAGUGUGACUGCUGGCUGUCCAAGAGCGAGGGGGACAGACAAACCGUCCGCGACUUCGCAUGUGCCAACAAUGAGAUUCGUGACGAGCUGGAAGAGACCACCUACGAGAUUGUCAUAGAAACAGGCAACGGAGGCGAAACCAGAGAGAAUGUCUGGCUCAUCCUGGAAGGCAGGAAGAACAGAUCCAAGGAAUUUCUGGUGGAAAAUUCUUCCAGACAGCGGGCCUUUCGGAAGGGGACCACAGACACAUUUGAAUUUGACAGCAUCUUCUUAGGAGACAUCGCCUCCCUCUGUGUGGGCCACCUGGCCAGAGAGGACCGUUUCAUCCCCAAGAGAGAGCUAGCCUGGCAUGUCAAGACAAUCACCGUCACCGAGAUGGAGUAUGGCAACGUGUACUUCUUUAACUGUGACUGCCUCAUCCCCCUCAAGAGGAAGAGGAAGUACUUCAAGGUGUUUGAGGUUACGAAAACGACAGAGAGCUUCGCCAGUAGGAUCCAGAGCCUGGUGCUGGUCAAGUAUGAGGUCAUCGUGACGACGGGCUACGAACCAGGGGCGGGCACUGACGCCAACGUCUUUGUAACCAUCUUCGGCGCUAAUGGGGACACCGGAAAGCGCGAGCUGAAGCAGAAAAUGCGCAACCUCUUCGAGCGUGGAAGCACGGACCGCUUCUUUCUGGAGACACUGGAGCUGGGAGAGCUGCGAAAGGUCCGACUGGAGCACGAUGGCAGCGGCUACUACUCGGGCUGGCUGGUGGAGAAGGUGGAGGUCACCAACACAAGCACUGGAGUGGCCACCAUCUUCUCCUGUGGCAGGUGGCUAGACAAGUCUCGGGGCGAUGGGCUCACCUGGCGGGAUCUCUUCCCAUCUGUCUGA